UAUAAUAAGUUGAGGUUUUAAAUUAGGAUUAUAGUUGAAAUAGAAAAGGAGUUGAUGGGAUAGAAAAAAAUAGAAGUCCAGUUAAAGUUAUCAGAAUUGUGCAAGUACUAUUUAAAUCUAUCAUAUAAUUUCAGAAUUUAAAAUUGUUAAUUUUUUUCAUUGUAGUUCCAUUUGGAACUUUAGCCUUUCGUCUUAUUCACUAAAGCAGCUGAUUACUCUUUUGACGUUUCGUUUCGACAAUGACAAUAAUAAAUAAUGAAGAAAACUGAUUUUUGCUUUGUUUUUGUUAAAAAGAGUUAUGUAGAUUGUUUUGAUUAAGUAAUUAGUAAUGCUUAUUAUUUAAUAAAAGUUUAUUCUUCUAGUAUUAAACGUUGUCUGUUUUAAUUUAUUUAUACAAUCGAAGUGACAGGUGAAGAUUGUGAAUUUAUCUUGUAGGCCUAAGCUACAAUAUCGUAUCUGUUAAUGAAAUCAACAAGUAGUUUGAUUUUUUAGACAAAAGGGUAGGAUAUUGCUAAAAGUGGACAUAAUUAAAUGCUUUGUGAAAAAUGCAAGCGGAUUCAAAAAGUGAUGCAAAAGUAGAAGAAAUGAGUUCUUCUCAAACGUCUUCAUCUUCACCCUCAUCAUCCACUGCAUCUCUUCAAAAUAAAGAUGCGGCGGCAGCAGCAAAAAGUGGCCUACUGUCCAGUGUUAGUCCACCGUCAGCUCUGCCCUCCUUCGUUCCUGUUCCAGCGGCAGCUGCUGCCUCCAACACCGCCCCCGCGCCACUCUUCCAUCCAACCACUUUCAGCCCAGCCAUCCCGGCUGACAAGGCGAGCGGUGAGGGCGUGGGAGUUGGGAAGGAGGGUGGAGGGGCAGGAGCGGUGGCUGGAGAGGGGGGGUUCGGCCUGAUGGGGUGGGUGAGGGGUGCGGUGGACACCUCCAGCAGUAUUGUCUCCAAGGUGGCCGAGAAAGCCAAGAGCUCAGUUGACACUAUGAUCACCACUUUGGAUCCUCAGAUGAAAGAGUUGCUGUCACCUUCAGUACUGUUCGAGGUUGUAGUGACGUCUGAGGAGGAAAUCGAAAUAAGCCCGAUUCGGGAAGCCUUCCAUCAAAUCUUUGGUAGCCAGAAAGUGACUGUGAGGGGUGUGCGAGGGACACAAGAGGAGGAAUGCGUGGCGGGGGCGGUCUCAGCUGUGCAGCCGGUUGGCUUCGAGGCGGCGCAGCAGAAGGCGUGGAAGCGCAUUGAAGCGCUGCGUGCAGCUCUGCAGCAGCCCGGACCAGUUGUGGCUGUCGAGAGCUUCAUCACUGAACUCUCACCCGACAAAUGGUACGACGUGCACGCGAUAGUGUUGUCGGAUAGCAGCAACGGGAUAGUGGUGGAGACGUUCAGCCAGAUGACGCCGAUCCCCAGCUCCAUCGUGACGCUGGCUCAGGACGACACCCCCGCCGACUAUCAACAUAAGGCGGCCGGGUUCGCCGUCGAUAUUGCCACCAUCAUGGCCAGUAAUCUUCAUGUGCAUGAAUCUGAAUGGCACCACGCAUUGACCGGAGUAAGUAGGAGAGACAUGAUUCUUCUAGCUGCUAAAUCUUUGGUCAAUAUUUAUAAGAACAGUCUCCAAUAAAGUAUUGUAUAUUGUGGUUGUUGUUCUUCUUGUAUAAUUUAUUUGCACGAUAAGUUGAAAACUUCAAGUGCAUUUCAACCAUCAGUCUCUUGUAGGAUUGUUUGAAAGUCAGUGUUUACAGGAUUGAUCUUUGCAAUAAUAUCAGAAGAUAAUAUUUAUAAAUUAAGUGAUAUUAGAUAAUAUUUAUCUGUUGAUCAAUUUUUGUUUUUCAUAAGCUACUUGAACUGUUAUCCUACAGUCAAUUUCUCAUUCUCAUCUUUGUCUAUUAAAAAAAAAGAAAAAUUGUACAUUGUGAUCCAAUGUGUUGUUUUGUACUGUACUAGUAAUCUGUAGUAUAAAUCUUGACAAGAUUUAUGGAAUUAAUUUGAAAAGUAAGUAUUUGUUGUGAAAGAGGUAGUGUGACAGGGAAAAAUAUGAGAAGUAUGACCUAAUGCUAUCCCAGAGAGUGAAGUAAAUUUCCUGAACAACUUUGAAUGCUAUCAAUUAUUGCAGUUUGUCAGCUGUACCCAACAACUCUGAAUCUAAUAAAAUUUAUCUAUUUAUGAUAGUUAUUGAAGGAUAUGUACUUGAAGUUUUCAAAUGUAUGCACUAAUUUUGUAUUUAUUCUGUUUGUUCUAUACAGUCUUGUAUAAAAAAUAUCUUGAGAAUAAUUAUUAACUUAAUAAACUGGAAUAGCGUUUAUAUUAUGAUUUUUUAUCCUCUCUACUAAUUGAAAAAAAUUACUUGUUCAUUUUGUUAUACCAAUCUGGAGCUGCUCCAUCCUUGCAAUGAUAAUGCAGUGCAUUUCUAUCUUUUAUUUAUUAACUAUUUAUUAAGAUAACAUUAUUUGUAUAUGUAAUUCUUGUAGGAUUAGUAACCAUGUGAGUGCUGUAUUUUGAUAUAAACUUGUAAGUAAUAGAAUAAAUAAAUGUUUGUAAUAUCUAUCUG